AGCUCCAUUCGAGGAAGUGGAUAGGUGAGCCAACCGCAGCGCCAGGGAGGAGAGAGUUGUUUGUUCCCCGCUCACAGAGGAGAGACCCGCCGCCUUCUUCAAAAUGUCGGAAUUUGACCAUAACCCGUUCGCACAGCCCGCCGGUGACAACCCCUUCAAUGAUCCUUCUGUCACACAAGUGACGAACUCCAGUAUAGAACCAGUUGACCAGUACAACCCUUUCCCUGGCCAUCCCACGGGUGGCCUAGCGAGUAACACAACUACAGCCGCCACCUCUCCCUACCAGCCUGCUGUGUUACAGCCGUCUACAGAGCCCAGUCCACAGGUAGCGGCUGCUGCAGCUCAGGCCAACUUGCUGAGGCAGCAGGAGGAGCUGGAGAGAAAAGCUGCUGAGCUGGACCGCAGAGAGCUGGAGCUCCAGAGCAGAGGGCCGACAGGUAAACAGAACAACUGGCCUCCACUACCCAGGAUCUUCCCCAUCAAACCCUGUUUCUAUCAGGACUUCUCAGAGGAAAUCCCUCCCGAGUAUCAGAGAGUCUGCAAGAUGAUAUAUUAUCUCUGGAUGUUCAACUGUGUGACCCUGUUCCUCAAUCUACUGGCUUGUUUGGCUGUCUUCACCACGAAAGCAACCUACGGUGUGGAUUUUGGCCUCUCUAUUCUCUGGCUAGUCCUUUUCACCCCCUGCUCCUUCCUCUGCUGGUACCGGCCCAUCUACAAGGCCUUCAAGUCUGACAGCUCCUUCAGCUUCUUCUUCUUCUUCUUCGUGUUUUUCUGCCAAGUGGUGAUCUUCGUCAUCCAGGCUGUAGGUAUCCCCAGUUGGGGGAACAGUGGUUGGAUCACCGCCAUCGGCGCCAUCAGCGCCAUCAACGCAAACAAGGCAGUGGGAGCCAUCAUGAUCGCAGUGGCCAUCCUCUUCACGAUGUGUGCUGUGCUAAGUGUCGUCCUGCUCAAGAUGGUCCACGGCUUGUACCGUCGUACUGGAGCCAGUUUCCAGAAGGCCCAGCAGGAAUUCUCACAGGGCGUCUUCACCAAUAAAACCUUCCAAACAGCCACUGCUGGUGCUGCUUCUGCCGCCGCCCAGGGAGCCUUCCAGGGAAGCAACUAAUGGUUGACCGAGCUAAAAUGAGCUCCGUUCAACAUGUCAAGGUCUAUAUCUUUCAAGGUUUACAAAUACAAAUGCUGAAUCAUUGAGGGAGUUUAUGUUCACUGAGAACCACCACCAAAGUAGCAGUGAUCAUUCCUGGAAAGUUCCUCUGGGAGCAGCCCCUGCCCUUCGGAGCAAGUGGCUGCAAAAAUUAUAAUUUAACCUUAUAAUGUAUAGACCUUGAGCUAUGUGAGGCUACAUUAUCCUUUCACCAUCAACGCAAAUGCAAUUCCCCAUGUUAGCUUUGCUUUUCACACUUGGUGUGUGUGUCUCCUGCAGACUGACUUGGUCCAACUCUGAUUGAAGGGCAGACAAUGGGAGAGUAAAUUCGCACGUGGAAAGCAGGAAUGAAGUUGACUGAUUGAUGUCUCAGUGGUUCCUGGCUUUGUAUAUUUUGUGUGCACUUUUUGGCAACGCUCUUUAGUCGAAUGUGUGACUGUGUGUGUGUGUGUGUGUGUGUGUGUGUGUGUGUGUGUAUGUCUGCGUGUGUGGGUACUGGCAUGCUAGUCACAUACUGUAUAUUCCCAUGGGUGCAGUAUGCUUGUGUUUUUCUCCACGUUGAUGGCGGGAACCUGAUCAUGUAAUAUAAAUAAGAUGAAGUGUUUCUGUUGUUUGAUUUCGGUCUUGAAAAGCAUUUCAUUAUGUUUAUGAACCCAGUUGGAAAACUUUUUUUUUUUUGUGUGUGUGUGUGUAUGUACUCCAAAUAUCAUUUCAUAUCAACUGAAGAAAUAAAUCCUGUGGUUAAUCUGUUUGGCCUUACAGUUUUGCAUAACACUCUUAACUGCAACUAUUCAUUUAAAUCUUGAAUGAUUAAUUAAAUAAGAAAAAAGACUAAGUAUGUUCCAGCAGCCUCCCCCAUAACGUUCAGGCUUCAUACUUUUUUUUACAACAUGUGUCUUUGACUUCUGUCUAGAACCAAACUUUUUUAACACCCACCAUAAUAUCAUGUAAUUGGUGGAAGUGCUUUACAGUGAGUCAACUGUUUGUAAUUUAAGAUCACCAGAGUCUUAUUCUUCAUUAAAUUAAUUUAAGUGAGUGCUAAUUUAUUUUGAAUCAAAGCAAUAAACUGAUGUUUUUUUUUUCAUUAUCAUGAUAAUAGUAAUGUUUUUUCAAAGUAGCUUCAGUCACACUCAGCAUUCCUUAAGGAUGUUCCCUAUACAAUACAUAAAUUGACAUUAGUCCAUACAGGGUCGAUCGUUUGAUGUAAUUCACAUUCCUAUCAUUUGUAUCUGUAAUUAAAGGAUCAUAUUUCCAUAUACUAGUCAUCUCGGAAAGAUUUCAAUAUACAAAGGUUAUUGUUAAGACCAUCAAGCCCUAAAUAAUCUGAGCACUGAUGUAUUUUUUUCUGUUUGAUUUCUUAUGUUGGAUUGUUUUUGACUUGUACUGUUUUAAAACUUCAGCUUGGAUAUAAUAUGUCAGCUUUUCCUCAAGUUCCUAACUGCAAUCUCAGAUCAUCUGUGUGAUGUUGUUACAACAGACGAGAGUCUAAUUUAAAGUUCAAUCUCACAUCCAUUAUAAAAUCACAGAAUUUGUAUUAAUUACACAUCUCUGAAAUGCAUUGUAUUAGGAGAACAGAAGUCAGUGGCUUUUGUAUUUCAAUACUGGAUAUAGCAUCUAAUAAAAUGCUUUGCUUUCA